UGAACGCGCGGUCGACGCUCUGCUUUGUCGUGUCGGUGCUCAGCUGGCUGCCACAAAUCGCGCGCUGGAGAGCGGUGGGCGAGGGACGGCUGCUGGUUCGUUCGGCAGCUGCAAGUGACACCGAAACGCAUCGUAAAAGCUCUCGGUCCACGCUGCCAGGCGUGGGUGAACGUGGAGCGCGACUUGGACGACUAUGGUGCGCCCCAUCCUAGGAUCGUGAGAAGCCGAUGCGUGCCACUCACGAGUGUUCAGUGAUCACAAGCGCAGCUCGACCCCUUGAGCAAGCGAUCGUAUUGGCGUCUCUUUGUGCAUGCUGUAAAAUUGUCAGCUGCGAGCAGCCGGCCUUUCUUUUUUUGUAUUCUCACUUUGGUAUCCAUCUCCAACAUCUACCGGAAGCCUCCUAGCUUUGUCCCUUGGAACUGCCUCUGCGGCUUCUCGUUGCAAUUAUUAGCGAAACUUCGUCGAUCUUCCUACUGCCCCGAGAGGCCCGCCUGCUGCCCGCCCGGACGAGGAGUAACGACCGCCAUGGAGAGCAUCCUGGACCCCGUGGGGCCGUGGCACGUGCCCGUGUUGCUGUUCGGCGUGCUGCGCGGUAUGCCGGCGUCGCUGUUCGUCAUGAGCCUCACCUUCAUGGCUCCACAGAGUCAGGACCACUGGUGCGAAAAGCCGGAGCACCUGAGGAACUGGACCACGCAACAGUGGAGGAACUUCGCGUUGCCCCUGGAAACCAGCGAGGCUGGCGUCACGGCGCCGAGCAGAUGUCACAUGCACGGCUGGGACGAACUGGCGCGCCUGAUCGCACUGCCCGAUCUCAUGAGCGACGAGGCCCAGCCGUCCAACCACACUUUGGUGCAUGUCACCUCCGUUCCAUGCUCCAGCUGGGACUUCGAUGAUAGCUUCCACGACAGGACCGUGUCCAGCGAGUGGAAUGUCGUGUGCGAAGACCUAUGGAUGCUGGACAUGUCGCAGUCGAUACUCAUGUUCGGCUUCAUGGUCGGCAAUUUCGUCUUCUCUCACAUGUCCGACUGGUGUGGGCGGCGUCCAGCCAUCUUCACCACGACGCUCCUCUCGCUGGCAUCAGGAGUGGCCACAGCCUUUUCUGGCUCAUUCGCAUUUUUCAACGCGUUUCGCUUCCUCGCCUCGCUGGGACACGGAGGAGUCACCAACAUUGCCUACGCAAUAGCCAUCGAGUGCGUGGCACCGGGCAAGCGUGCCAUGGUUUCCAUGGUGCAGGAGACUGGUUGGGUGGUGGGCCUCAUGCUGCUACCGGGCAUCGCCUACCUGGUCACCAACUGGGUCCACAUACAGCUACUCAUUAGCGUUCCCCUCGUCGCCAUGCUCAUCACAGCCUUUUUUCUUGAUGAAUCACCGAGGUGGCUGUUCAUCGCCGAGCGGUCCGAGGAGGCGGAGAGAUUGCUCAUAAAGAUCGCCGAAAGGAACAACGUCAAAGUCAAGGACAUAUCCAAGAUAGUUCUCGAAACCAGGGAGAAGGUGGAGCUUGAGAGAAAGAAGAGAAAAUCUUCCAUCGUUGACUUGUUCCGGAAGCGGAAAAUAGCCGUCAUCACUCUGGCGCAAUACGUACAAUUUGCCGUCGUGGUCCUGGUGUACUAUGAUCUCAUCUACAAGAUCACCGACUUCGGCGGUAACCCAUUCAUAAACUUUUUCCUCGUGUCGUUGCUCGAACUACCCGUCAUGCUGGUCAACGUGCUGCUCAUCAACUAUGUGCCACGACGCACCAUCUACUACCUGCUCUACAUUCCGACCAUCCUCGUGUGCAGCGCGCUUAUCUUCGUACCGGCCCACAUGGUGUGGCUCCAACUGUGCCUGGUGAUGGUGGGCAAGCUGGCCGUCCACUGUGCCUACAGCACCCUUUGCGUCCACAUGACCGAGUGCUUCCCCACCGUGGUGAGGGCGGUGGCUCUGGGAAGCGCCCUCACUGCCAGCAGGGCGGGUGCCAUCGUUGCGCCCUUCUUCAAGGACUUGGGAAGGCUCACACAUCCCUGGGUCCCCACUCUUGUCGACAUGGUUCUAGUCAUGGCUUCUCUGCUGCUGUCGCUAAUAGUGCCUGAAACCUUUCGCAAGAAUCUGCCAGACACAUUUAAGGACACGCUACGGCUUCGAGAGAAGGGCGUAGUCGGCGUUCCAACCGAGAUGGAGCUUUUUGAGGACGAAGAAGACAGCGAGAACACUGCCUGAGAACCUCACAAGCCUCGGAAUGUGCACAUCUAUAGGACUCGAGUGCUCUAGUCGUUACAAUGACGGCUGCUGUCGUGUGAAAACGACAGCUGUAUUGACGUGCGUGUUUCAGCCGCACUUCGAAAGAAUAUGGCCCGCUGAUACAUUACCAGCGGCAUUUUCUGUAUUUUUCCACCGUUUUUUUAGUAUUGUUUUCUUUGUGUUCAUCAUAGCGUAAAUUGCAGCUGGAAUGUAGUCGGCUGUGAAUGACAAAAAAUAGAAGCAUGGGUGCUUGUAAACUCGUCAUGCUGUAUGCUUGAAUGGUAUAUAACCAAGUUAUAACUAACUGAAAGAAUUUAUAAUCAAGAUUUGCCUGAUUAAACGAGGACACAUACGGUGUUGUAUGCGUCAUUUAUCCACACGUACA